CUCGGCGUCGGGGGCAGUCGGGUGUAAAAGGGGAUGAUAGGAAUUGCACGGGAACAGAGACGGGGGUGGAGCACAACGGGGGUUGCAGCACAAGAUGGAAGUUAUUUACCCAGCAGUCGGCACUUUACCCACCAUUUCAAAUCCGGAAGAGGGGUGGACUUGGGGGUGAAUUUUCCAACCCCAGUAACCCGGCCGGCCCCACCCCCUCAUCAUACCCCAUCAAGCCAACCCUCGACCCUACGACCCCCUCCCCGGUAAUCACCAUCCCAUUUCGUGGCGUUUUUCCUAAUUCCUUCCAAUUUCGCUCUUAGCAUUUCAAUUUAUGCACGAACCAAUUCGUUACACUGACGUGCGAAUUAUUAAGUCACCGGUAUUUCCAUGAAAACCGUUUUUUUUUUUUUUUAUAUAUAUAUCGCGUAGAUACGAUAAAUUUUAUUUGAAGUAUAAUGCAGCUGCUUCUGCAUUACGUAGUCCAAUGAUUUUAUGACGUACGGAUUUUUCUUUUGCAUUCAUCUGCAUUUGUAAUGAAAGCUAUGAGUGUUAGCAACCGUCCUCGUAUUAAUGGAGACAUUAAUUAACUAUUAUUGUAGCUGCUUUGUUCUUCAGGAAUCAGCUGCCCUAUUUUAAUUAAUUUUCAAAUCAAGGAAAAAAACAUUAUUUGUGGCUUUGUAUUUAAUAAUAUUUGAAGAUAGUUGCAUAGAAUUUUAUGGCUUUUUCCUAGGCCCCGUGAAGUUAAACUGUGACUAUUAUUUGUUAUAAGGUCAUUACUACGUAAAAAAAAAUGUUUGCCCCUCAGAAAAAGAUAAUUUUGCACACUUUUUUGAUGCAAUCAGAAAUCAGAGUUAUGUAUAAGCGAGUUUCGACGUUCAUGAGAAUUGAGGGUAAAUAGGGGAUGGCAGUCGGUAAAAAGAUCCCUUACUUUUUCCACACAGGAUCUCUAGCACAUUUCAGGUACCAAAUGAUGCUAAGGAUUAAAACCUAUAGGAAAUAAAAUUUCAUCCCUUCUUUACCCCAUGAAAAUGCGCACAAUGGAGGGAGCGAACUUCAAAUAGUUCAACAUACAUGAUGCCCAAUUUAUCUCGAGUUGAUUUUAUUUAAUUAUUGCUUCCGGAGUUUUUUCUAAUCAGAGAUAAAUAAGUGGUUGAAUUUGUAUGUGAUCACGUGACCUCUCGCUGAUUGGCCAGUAAACAAAAGACGAUCACGUUCUCGUUCUUUCUACGGGGGAUCGCUACGCAGGACGAACAGCAGCACGAUGUCGCUCCGUUUAUUUCGAGUUUUAUUAUUGAAAUAUUGUGCGACAGAAUCUAAAUUAUCACAAAAUGUCGAUCUAUAGGUGCUAUCAUCGAUUUAGGACAGGUGUGGACUUCGUAGCAACGUUUAAAUAUGGUGUGUAGUGCGGUGCAGUGUGCAGAGACUUAAGUGCAGAGACUUGUGUGCUGAAAUAGUGUUUGCAUAGGGACCAAAGAAAUUGAUACUAACAGGAUGGAACUUCUUGGAAAAUGGCUACGGUAUGCAGCGUAUCCAGAAGAAGAAAAUCAACUUCGGCAGAGUCAGUGAGUCGCAUGCUUUGAUUUUGCUGUCUAACUUUCCUCAAUCUUUUCUAUCGCGUGGCAUGGUGGUACCAAUGUUUCAUUUUAUUUGUAUAACCAUUACUUAUUUCAAUAUACAUGAGCUCUUUUCCCCUGAUAAAACUAUUUAUUGGUCAAGUUUAUCGAGUCAUUAUAUUAUUCCAAAAUCUAUAGAUUAAUCUUUUCAAAUAUUACAAUAUAUGUUGAUAUUUCAUUCAUUUCUUGAGAGCCAACUUAAAUUCCAUAAAUUCUGGAUAGGAUGUACUAACCCUUUCUUUCCCUACAGUGAAACUCAUCAAAGUAAGUCCUGAACCACGUUGUAUGAUUGAUGCGUACUGAAUGAUUGUGUUGGUGAAAAUGUGAUUCGCAAUUAAAUAUAGGUGGUAUAGGUAGGAUGCGGUAGGCCGGGUGCUGAAUGUAGUUCGAUCUGAAUGUGUGCGCUAGUAAUAAUUAGAAUCUCAAGUUGAGAUGGAUUUGGGAACAUCGGUCUCAACUUUGGGGUUCCACCGAAUCGAUUCGUUGAGUCGGGGGGGCAAACACAAAUAUGGGUAGGAAGGAAUCGCGAACGGUCAGGCAGGUAGUUUUUAAGCGGACAUGCGUAUUCGUUCCACAGCGUCCUACAAUCGCAAAUAUUUGGCACGAGCUUUUCUUAUCAAUACCACUUGUUCCCAGUAUUAAAUUCAUCUCACUAAUAUCCCUGUAUUGAGUCUCAGAAGUCAUGGAAUUUGCAUAAUUAUCCGCCAGAAAUUAGAUUCACACUUGGAAUAAUUAAGUUCUUCUUUGUAUACAACUUUAGUGUUCAGAAUUGAAAAUAAAGCCAAGCGAUUGUUGGACUGGGCAACAUGCUGUCCCUUAGCUCUGUGUUAACGUGGAGCACAGAGUUGAGAGGACAUGCUGAGCCUGAAGACAACGCGUCGAAGAGGAUCGCCGACCACCAUGCUACCAAUUCUUUAUUAUGCUUCUACUUUUUCCUCUUUCCUUUCUUUUGUCUAUCAGCUACAUAUUUUCUCGCUUUUUAUGCAUGUGUUUGAGUAGUUCAGAGUCUCGCAGCUAGCUUGCAAUUAGAGCUCAGACUCGAAACUUUGUACCAGUCUGUUAACAUAUACUCAUAUGAUACUGCUAAAUGUUUCAGAUCUUCCAGAGAGAGGAUUUAGCCUACCAGAGAUCUCCAAUUAGAAAAUACUUGUUCCCACGAAUAUCUAAAACUAAUCUGAUCUGCUGUGUGUUUCAGGUCUCCCAGUGAGCGGGGUCUUUGUCGAUGAAGUCCUCGGAUAAGACAAAUUUUUGCCUUAUUAUUAUUUCCUUACUAAUCUGAUUUGCUGCGGAUUUCAGGUCACCGCAGUUAGCAAGGUGUUUCCUUGAGAAGACUUCGAGGAUGAUGGAUGCAUGCCAAGUAAUACCUGACGUGGUCAUCAAUGAAAGCCCUGCAACAAAACUACUUCAUAUACACGACAUGACCCGGUGUAAUUGCGGGAAUUGGGAGAAAUGUUGGGAUCCCAGCAAAAUCGAUUCGUAACGGCGCAUGACCCUUCAAUACGUCGAGGAGAUGAAGAUUAGGAUCCUGAAAAAACCUUGUCCCUGAGGAUACUCGCGAUCGCGGGUCAUCAGGAUCGACUAACCGGCUGAAACUGAGCGAUAAAAGGCCCCAGAAAACGAAUUACUAUGACGGUGACACCCCAUGCCCAGGGUUGGGGAUAGUCAGGGAAGGUGGCGUUUGCGCAGUCAUGUGGCACAGGCAGUUACUAAUAUGCUGCUGCCUUGCCCUGUUCUCGGUCAUGAUUCGAUCACAAACCGAUUCGCCUGAAACUACCGAAAGGCCGUCGACCAAGGUGACGACAACGGCGAAACGUUCGAUACCAACCGACGCGCCGAUGUUGAAUUAUAUUUUCGACGCGCACAGCACACUCAACAAACACCAUCAUCACGAUCACAGAUGGGGUCCACAUUUUGAGGGGGAGAGUCAAAAUCUCACCGUUCAGGCCGGUGCCACCGUCACUCUGAACUGCAGGAUUUCACUCCUACAAGACAAAACUGUUUCCUGGGUCCGUCGUCAGCCCGAUGGGGAACAAUUGAGCCUGCUGACCGUCGGUCAGCAUACUUACACGGGCGAUCUGAGGUACACGGUCGAAUUUCAGUACCCCAACAACUGGAGGCUUCAGAUAAAGUACGUGAACAGCAGCGACGAGGGACAGUACGAAUGCCAAAUAAGCACGCACCCGCCAAAAUUCAUACAGAUCAAUUUACACAUAAACGCACCGUCGGUACAGAUAGUCGACGGUAUGGGGCAACCGUUGAGGGACAAAUACUACGAAGCUGACAGUACGAUCGAACUUUUAUGCGUCGUACGUCACAUCGCAAUGCAGAUGCAGUACAGUGUUGUCCAAUGGUUGCACGGCAACAGGACCCUGAACUACGACACGACCAGAGGUGGGAUCAGCGUAAAAACAAAUCUCAUGGAGGAGGGCGCCAACUCUACCCUCAGUAUAGCGAGGGUCGGACCAGGAGAUAGCGGGAAUUACACGUGCGCUCUGACCACCAUGCCCGAUCAACCCGCGAUCGUUCACGUCCACGUGCUCAACGGAGAAAGUUUAGCCGAAUUGCAUCACGGUUCAGCAGGUGGAAGGAGUUACGUAUGUCUUCCGGUUAUCCUGGGAUUUCUUAUCAGAGGUUUAGUGUUGAGAUGAAGAACUGAAAAUAGCGCUAUUGCGCGAUUCUUCGAACAAUUUUUUAUAAACAAUAACGAUGACGCAACGCGAGGUUGAAAAACGAACCAGACGAUGCGAUAGCCGCACACACGUUCGAGAGACUGAAUCGAGAGAAAAAUAUCCUUUGAUAUUGUUUGGUUUUUGCCUUUAUUGUGGGAUUUUUUCAUUUGAUUUUUUAUUCGUAAAAAAUGUUCUUCCGGUGACAAACGCAGGGAUAUCGCGGCAGCCUACCAACGCAAGGGCGAUAAAGAAAAAAGAAGAAGAAAAAGAAGAAGAAGAAGAACGGGACUCGAGAUCUGAUAUCGUUUGUACUACAAACGACGAGAAAAGUCAGAAGCAGAUAUUCACGUCAUGCAAAGACACAAUACCGGCCUCUUCUCCUUGUUUUUUCUUCCGUCACUGUUUCCAAAGCUUUUUCCAGUUCUGCCGCCGGUGCUGAAAUAGUCUCAACAUCUUUCGGAGUUGAAAGGAAAACCAACCGCGUUAAAUGGGAAGGUAUAAAACUGGCGAGAAUGAGGAAACGAUUUUUGCAUUGUUUGCUUUUACCCACACUCGCGCGCACACCUGUGCAGGUGUACGGAAGAAAACGGAUAGAAGAAAGAGAAAAAGGAAAACUAGAGAAGAAAAGAACUACGAGAAAUGGUGAAGAGGGAAAAUGGAGUUGGCUGUGGUAUCGUCUUAUUUGUGAGUCGAAGAAUAACGCGCUCCACGGUACAACGGGCGUCGGUUUUCGUCUCGUGGAAACCAUCAACUUGGGUAAAUUGAACUUUUCUAUACAAUUAUACACCUAAGAUACUAACCGUUACAGACGCGAAAUGAAUUAAAGAGAAAACAAAAAUACAAAGACAAAAAAUUCAUGCGCAAUUUAUCGUUGAUAAGAAAAAGAAAACUUGACAAACGUGGUGCGAGCGUGAGAGAGACUGAGAUCAAACUUCACGGGCAAAAAAAACGACGUAGUUAAAAUUCAUACGUUUAUGAAUAAAUAUAAACAUAUAUAAAAUUAUCACUCUGAUAUUGAACUAAAUAUUCGUACACGUAUACAUAUGUAAUAAUACUAAUGAAUGAUAAACGACGGUGGGGUGAGUUUAUUAUCGAAUAACGGAAGGAAUUAAUUACCAUGUAUAAUACGAUAAUUAUAUCGAGUAUAAAAUAACUAUAGGUACCCAUUAGAAUAACUAUGGCGCAUAAUCACCCGAAAACUAAUAUCCGUGUAACGACAAAAAAAAAAGAAAACUUAAUCAAAGACAAAAAAUAAUCGGUUCGAUCAAUUAAUCGAAUUUUCAUCUAGAGCUUCGACACGCGUUACAAUAUGCCAGAUAUCUGUCUGUACUCCAUAGGUAUCCGAUUGUUAUCAAUCCGGAAAAAUUUGAUAUUCAGGCUAUACGUACCCCAUCCCUCUAGCUUUCAACAUAUUUUAUUCUUCAAGUGUGGGUUUUAUCUUACCUCUUACGCUGUUAAUGUAAAAAUUAUUACACUCUACGUAGUAUUCUCGUGGAUUCUUUUUCUUCCUUUUUUUUUUUUCUUGUUUCUUCUUUUACUGCACCGUAGCAAGAAAUAAAAUGGAAUGCGAUGGCAACAAAAAAUGUACAUAACAGUAGCAGCCCUUAAAUGAAGAAGGUCUUUAGCUCCCUACUUCUCGUGUCUGUAUAGGUACAAGCGCAGUUAUUAUACGUACAUAACGACGUAAAAAUUUAUUUUAAUUUUACACGAAAGUAACACCCUAGCGAAUUACCCGCACAAAUGCUUUUUGCGAGCGAUUAUUUUUUGCGAGGAAAUUGAAAAAAAUAAAAAUAAAAAUAAGAAGAAGACGAAGAAUAAAAAGCGUCGUGGCGAAUAAGGUUGAGAAGGAGAUGUGAUAGUGAAAUCGAAAUGAAGAAAAGUAAGGUGGCUAAAGGUACAGAAUUUUUACCUACGGGAAUGGGGAAAAACGACGAGUUGGUAUUCCUUCGCGGUUGUCUCGUACAUGCUAGAAAUAUAUCUAUAGCAUUCUACAGGGAAUAUAUAUGCGCGCUUUUACGUAGAGAUAUAAAUCUCGAUUUGUUGAAACGAGGCGAUUCGCAAAUUGGUGAGUCUGUAGGGGGGUAAGAACAAAAGUAUUUGAAAAGAAUCGAAGAAAGUUACUUGCAAAGUGGCACGUUAGACCAUUCAGCUUGGAGAUUUCUCUCGUUCAACGAAGCUGACUAAAUAAAAUAAAAUAGAAUAAAAUAAAAUAAAAUAAAAUAAAA